AGCAAUUAACAAAAUCCACAUAUCGGGCACCUGCGAAAUCGGAAAUCGCUGUCACUUGUGCUCUUGUUUGUAAAGGGCGCCCUCAAGUGUACACAUGGUUACCUGUAAACAAGAUGGCGUCCAGUGAAGCGAUUCGACACGAUUCGAUUGAGAAGUAAUGUUUAUAUUGGUCUCAUGUGUUAAAAUAUUUCCAAGAGAGUCACCAGUUAUUGAAACAACUGAAUAAAAUACAAGACAUUUUCAUUUGAUGGACAAAAAGUGAAAAAAAUGUCGGAUAAACCAAAAUCUCCGGUUGUAGGAGGUGGGAGAACGAUGGAACCUGCCACCGGUCAGAAGAGUAAAUCACGGUUAGCCCAGCUGGCACCAGUUGAAAACCUGAAAGAAAAACAACAAAAGCUGAAAGAAGAGAGAGAAUCGAAGAGAGCUCGACUAGAUGAACGUCAUUACUAUAUCCUUACCACUGUGGCUGAUGGCCUUGGGUUGGAGGUUACUGAGGUGGAAGAUGCCAUCUUGGAAGGAAGUCAGAUUGAUAUGAUGGACCAGUUUCUGAAUGGAAACAAAGAUUUAGGACAGCUGUUGUUUUAUUACCAAGAACCAGAAGAACCAAAAGAACCAUUGGAACAGAUUCGUGUGGGUCCACCACAACCUAAGUUUACAAGAUCUCACAAACCUAAAGUGUUUGUUACAAACGGACGAGAUACACCUCUCCGUGGAAUUGCUCUGGUGUUUACCAAGGUAGAACCUGGAGCACAUAUAACAGAACAAAAUAUUUCUAAGGAGAUCAAUUUCACCAAGUUGGAUACCAGCAGCCAAGGAAAAAAUGGUAGUGGUCUUCUACAUGCUGUAGAAAAUCUUCUAUCCAGUAUCUUUAUCCCAGCCCUGAAGAGUCUAGAUGGAGGGUGGGGCAAGCUGGACAGUCCCUCAGGCAUACAGAUCAGAACUGACUUCCUCAACACAUUGGACUCAUUUGUGUCUGUUCUUGUUGGUGCACAAGAAAGCCUUGAAGAGAAAGUACAAUUGAAACCAUGUGAAACAUAUGAAUUGUCAAAAAUCAACACACCUGCAGAUUACCAGGCCGUAGCUAACAGUUCUGAUGCUCUAGAGGGUAUUGAGCAAUGCAUGGGAGUAUGGCUGAAACAAUUGGAACAAGUCCUAGCCGAGAGUGAACAGAUGAGGAAGGAGGCUGAUGACAUUGGACCUAGGGCUGAAUUGGACCACUGGAAGAAAAGGAUGUCUAAGUUUAAUUAUUUAUUGGACCAGAUAAAGGGUUCCGAUGUGAAAGCUGUCCUUGGUGUUCUCCAUGCUGCUAAAUCCAAACUUGUAGCUAGAUGGCAAGAAUUAGACAGACGUGUGACUGACUUAGCCAAUGAAGCUCGUGACAAUGUGAAGUUUUUGUACACCUUGGAGAAGUUCUGUGACCCACUUUACAACAGUGAUCCAGUUGGCAUGUUGGAUGCUAUUCCAGGUUUGAUCAAUGCUAUCCGGAUGAUUCACUCUAUCUCCAGAUACUAUAAUACAUCAGAACGUAUGACAUCACUAUUUGUCAAGAUCACCAAUCAGAUGAUAACAGCCUGUAAGUCCUACAUCUCAUGUGGUGGAUAUGAAACUGUAUGGACACAGAAACAGGAGGAUGUUGUCAGGAAACUCAAUGAUUGCAUCAAACUUAAUGAAGAAUAUCAGCGAUGCUUCCAUAAAACUAAGGAAAAGUUGGAGAAGAUGCCAAAUGAACGUCCAUUUGAAUUCUCAGAGAUGUACAUUUUUGGAAAGUUUGAUACAUUUACAAGAAGAUUGAAAAAGAUCAUUGAAAUGUUCGAGACCAUUUCUCUGUACUCUCAUUUGUCUGAAUCUAAAAUUGAAGAGAUUGACAAAAUGGCCAACAGAUUUAAUGUGAUCAUAACUGCAAUGAAAAAGAAAUUGUAUGAUUUUCUGGAUCAGAGAAAACAGGAAUUUGAUACUGAUUUUGAUGAGUUCAAAAGAAUGGUUGCUGAACUACACGCUAACCUCCAGACUUUUAUGGAUAACAAAUUUGAGAAGAUUAGCAGUACUACCAGGGCAAUAGUGUUGCUGAGGAAGUUUGAGAAAUUAGAUUUACCAAAUCUUGGAAUUAAUGAAAAAUUCCAUCGAAUCUUAAGUCAUUACGGAAGGGAUAUUGAGAUGGUGUCUAAAAUCUACCAGAAAAAUAAAAAUGAUCCUCCUGUUGCUAGAGAUCUACCACCAAUUGCAGGUAAAAUAUCCUGGGCCCGCCAGUUGUUCCGUCGUAUUCAGGAGCCUAUGGAGAUAUUCCAACAGCAACCCAGACUCUUGGAAGGAAAUGAUGCCAAGAAAAUUAUUAAAAACUACAACAAAUUGGCCAAAUGUCUGUUAGAGUUUGAAGUCCUUUAUCAUAGAGGUUGGCUAAGACAGAUUGAAGCAGCUCGUUCAGGACUUCAGUCAUCAGUGUUAGUCAGACAUCCAGAAUCAAAUGAACUCUAUGUGAACUUUGACCCUCAGAUUUUGACUAUGAUCAGAGAGACCGAAUGUAUGGCGAGGUUAGGUUUAGAGAUUCCUCAGCUUGCUAGGACUAUGAGAGCUAAACAGACAGAGUACAAAGACCACUACAAUGCUCUGCAGAUGAUGCUUCAAGAAACACAGAGAGUGAAGGGUAAGAUACCUACAGCUUUUGAAGCUUUAAUGGGUCCACACAUCAGUAAAGUGGACACUGCUCUGGAACCAGGCCUAAUCAAACUAAGCUGGACUUCUCUGAACAUUCAGGAAUACAUGGACAGGGUCUAUAAAACCUUAGCUGAUCUAGAACUCCUGAUGGACAGAGCUCAUGAUGUGAAUGAGUUCCGUAUCGAGUCUGUACUGAAAGAAAUGGCAGGAACUACAUUGUGUCAGUUACCUGAAGAUGAACCAUGGACUGUGGAAAAAUUCUUAGAAAAUACACAGAUGUUGUGUGCUAAAGGAGCACAGGCCCUACAGACCAAGUCAAUGGUUGUUGAAGAAGCUUCUAAUGAGUUAAUUAACAUGUUAUGUACUAUGGAACUGGAGGAGGAAGAAGAAGAAAAAGAAAGAGAAGAUGAAGAUGAAGGAAUAGAACAUGAUAGAAGCCGAGAUGGCAGCCCAACAGGUUCAGCAAUGGGUCGCUCCAACAGCAGGAAGUCACGCCCUGUAUCAUCUAAAGCUAAUGCCAUAGCUAAGAAGAAGAAAGAAAUGAGAGAGAAUUUAGAAGAGGCAGCUGGAGAUUUACUGGCCCACUUCGAACAUCGAAACCAAGAUGCUCUCAUGAAAGUAACAAGGAAUACACUGGAGUCUCUGAAGAAGAGGAUCUCUUCUAGUUCUAUGUUACAUUAUAUGGAUUCUGGUAGUUAUGGAGACAAGAAAGACAAAAAAGAAACCAAGCCAUUCUUUAAGGCAUAUGCUGUAUUAGCUAUUCCUAACGUAGUUAUGUCCCCUGCUUUGGACGAGGUCCAACAAGCUGUUAACAAAGCUGCUCAACUUGUGGUCAGCGUUAGCAAAGGAAUCAGUAAGUGGCACAAAGGUCUUCAGCCACAGGACACAAUGAUGUCUAACAUGGAGCGUAGACCAAGUAUGGCAAGUGUAUGUCCAGUGGAUGAGGUGGACCAUGCUAAGAAAGACGAUGAGACAGCAGUCCAGACUUACACCAUCCACAAACAACCCAAGAAUUAUUACAAGGCUGUUUCAGAGAACAAAGAAGUUUCCAAACUCCAGUCACAGUUGUCAACGGCCAUCAACUCUACUAAGAAGGAAGUGACAACAGCUUUGGAUCAUUUCUCUGAAUUCCAUUCUGUGUGGAUGGUAGAUAGAGAUGAAGAUUUGGAGAACUUCAACAAAGAAAAUCCUAAGCUGUCUGAAUAUGAAGCUAAGAUAAAACAUUAUGAAGAAAUGGAAAUCCAGAUUAAUGCACUUCCUGAGUACUAUGAUGUUGGACCUAUUGGAAUGUACACAGAAAAAUUAAAACUUGGUUUGACUAUUGAAACAAAACAAUGGAGAGUUCACUUUGGCAAGGCUUGUAAUCAGAAAUACAGUUCAGAGAUGGAGGAAAUGUUUGAGUUUAUAGAGGACCUGAAUAAGAGGUUGUCACGACCUCUUAAAGACCUGGAUGACAUAAGAUAUGCCAUGGGUUCACUGAAGGAUAUCAGAGAGAGUGAGAUCAGAAUUGAUAUGGGAAUUACUCCAAUUGAGGAAUCCUAUGCCAUGUUAAACAAACAUGAAUUGCCUGUAAACAAAGAGGAGAUGGAGAGAUGUGACACACUGAGAUAUUCAUGGGAGAAACUGCAGGCACAGGCUGCUGAGGUGCAGACAACACUCCUAGAAGUACAACCAAUGUUUAAAUCAGAACUGAUUGAGAAUGUUAAAACGUUCAUUGGUGAUUGUGAUGACUUCUGUGGUGGUUAUGAUACGGCUGGACCUAUGGUACCUGGUGUAGCACCUAGAGAGGCCUCUGACAGACUUGUCAUUUUCCAGAACAAUUUUGACAUUUUGUAUAAGAAAUACAUCACCUACACUGGUGGUGAAGAACUGUUUGGCCUGCCUGUUACAGAGUAUCCUAAAUUACUCAAUAUUAAAAAGGAAUUAAAUCUGCUGCAAAAAUUAUAUGGGUUGUACAACAAUGUGUUGGAGACUGUACAUGGAUAUUAUGAUAUUCUUUGGGUAGAUGUCAACAUCGAAAAAAUCAACAACGAACUGCUUGAGUUCCAAAACAAGUGUAGAAAGCUCCCCAAAGCCCUCAAAGACUGGCCAGCAUUUGACGAUCUUAAGAACACCAUUGAUGAUUUCAACAACAUGGUUCCUUUGUUAGAACUGAUGACAAACAAGGCCAUGAAGCCUCGUCAUUGGGCUAGAAUGGCAGAGGUCACAGGUCAUGUCUUUGAUGUAGAAAGUGAGACGUUCCAGUUGAGGAAUAUUCUAGAAGCUCCUCUGUUGCAGUUUAAAGAAGAUAUCGAGGACAUCUGUAUCUCAGCUGUAAAGGAAAAAGACAUUGAAGCCAAACUGAAACAAGUCAUAGCUGAUUGGAACAACCAGGAAUUCAGAUUUGGUAACUUUAAGAAUCGUGGAGAGCUACUUCUCCGUGGAGACACGACUCAAGAAAUCCUUACCAACAUGGAAGAUUCUCUUAUGGUUCUCAGCUCCCUCAUGAGUAACAGAUACAAUGUACCAUUCAAGAAGCAGAUUCAGACAUGGGUACAGAAUCUAACAAACUCAUCAGAAAUCAUAGAGAACUGGAUGACUGUACAGAAUCUAUGGGUCUAUCUAGAGGCUGUCUUUGUUGGUGGUGAUAUUGCCAAACAGUUACCAAAGGAAGCCAAAAGAUUCAGCAACAUAGACAAAUCUUGGAUUAAGAUAAUGACCAGAGCCCAUGAGACACCAAAUGUUGUACAGUGCUGUGUGGGAGAUGAGACACUCAUGCAAUUACUUCCCCAUUUACUGGAACAGUUAGAACUUUGUCAGAAAUCUCUCACUGGAUACUUGGAAAAGAAGAGAUUGUUGUUCCCUCGAUUCUUCUUCGUGUCGGACCCGGCUUUGUUAGAGAUUCUGGGUCAGGCCAGCGAUCCACACACAAUUCAGGCUCAUUUGUUGUCAGUCUUUGAUAACAUCAAGACAGUCAAGUUCCACGAGAAACAUUAUGAUAUGAUUCUCUCCAUCCACUCGUCAGAGGGAGAAACUAUUGAUCUGGAGAAACAUGUGAAAGCUGAGGGUAAUGUAGAAGUUUGGCUGAUGGCCUUGAUGACUAUGGCCCAUAAAUCUCUCCAUGGUGUCAUUAGAACUGCUGCCAUGGCAACACAGGAUACCAGCUUCCAGUUGCUGGAGUUCUUAAACAUGUUCCCUGCACAGGUUGGCAUACUGGGUCUGCAGAUGAUCUGGACCAGAGAUGCCACAGAGGCCUUGACAAAUGCACGACAUGACCGUAAGGUAAUGCAGCAGACCAACCAAGCCUUCCUGGAGUUAUUGAACACCCUCAUUGAACAGACGACCAAAGAACUUACACCAUUUGAAAGAAUAAAGUUUGAAACAUCUAUUACGAUCCACAUCCAUCAGAAAGAUAUAUUUGAUGAUCUGUGCAAAGCUCAUGUGAAAACACCUACAGAUUUUGAAUGGCAGAAGCAAUCCAGAUUCUAUUUCGUAGAAGACCAAGACAAAUGUCAGAUUUCCAUUACUGAUGUUGAUUUCAUCUACCAGAAUGAAUUCCUUGGCUGUACAGAAAGAUUGGUCAUCACACCACUGACUGACAGAUGUUACAUCACCUUAGCCCAGGCCUUGGGUAUGUCUAUGGGAGGUGCCCCAGCUGGACCAGCUGGUACAGGAAAGACUGAGACUGUUAAAGACAUGGGACGUUGUCUUGGAAAAUAUGUUGUCGUCUUCAACUGUUCAGAUCAGAUGGACUUCAGAGGAUUAGGACGUAUUUACAAAGGUUUGGCCCAGUCAGGAUCAUGGGGAUGUUUUGAUGAGUUUAAUCGUAUUGAACUUCCUGUAUUAUCUGUGGCUGCCCAGCAGAUUGCCAUUGUAUUGAAUUGUAAGAAAGAGAGAAAGAAGCAGUUUAUAUUUACUGAUGGAGACAAUGUUCUGAUGAAUCCUGAGUUUGGUAUAUUUUUAACCAUGAACCCUGGUUAUGCUGGACGACAGGAAUUGCCAGAGAAUCUGAAGUUGAAUUUCCGUACCGUUGCUAUGAUGGUGCCAGACAGACAGAUCAUUAUCCGUGUCAAGCUGGCUAGUGUUGGUUUCAUUGAAAACAUUGUCUUGGCCAGAAAAUUCUACACACUGUAUAAACUCUGUGAAGAACAGCUGACAAAACAGGUGCAUUAUGAUUUUGGUUUGAGAAACAUUUUGUCUGUAUUGAGAACCCUUGGUACUGUUAAACGGGCAAACAAAGAAGAGACUGAAUCUACCUGUGUAAUGAGAGUAUUACGUGACAUGAACUUAUCCAAACUUAUCGAUCAGGAUGAACCACUCUUUUUGUCUCUGAUCAAUGAUUUAUUCCCUGGAAUCUCACUAGACAAGGGAGGUUACCCAGAAUUAGAAGCUGCCAUUAACAAACAGAUCGAGGAAGCUAAAUUAGUGAACCAUCCAUCAUGGACUCUGAAAUUGAUUCAGUUGUUUGAGACUCAGCGUGUAAGACACGGUAUGAUGGCCCUUGGACCCAGUGGAGCAGGUAAAACAUGCUGCAUCCACACUUUGAUGAAGGCCAUGACUGACUGUGGGGCUCCUCACAGGGAAAUGAGGAUGAAUCCUAAAGCCAUCACAGCACCUCAGAUGUUUGGACGUCUAGAUGUGGCCACUAAUGACUGGACUGAUGGUAUCUUCUCUACCUUGUGGAGGAGAACUAAUAAAGCAAAGAAAGGAGAACACAUCUGGCUUGUAUUGGAUGGUCCUGUUGAUGCUAUCUGGAUUGAAAACUUGAACUCUGUACUGGAUGACAACAAGACUCUGACCUUAGCUAAUGGUGACAGAAUUCCCAUGGCUCCUAACUGUAAGAUUAUCUUUGAGCCACAUAACAUAGACAAUGCUUCCCCAGCUACUGUGUCCAGGAAUGGAAUGGUGUACAUGAGUAACUCAGGACUGGACUGGAGACCCAUCCUUCAGGGAUGGUUGAACCUAAGACCAAUAAAUGAACAGAGCAUCAUCAUGGAUCUGUUUGACAGGUCAUUUAAUCAUCUGUUGAAUUUUGCCACCACAACCUUUGUUUUCAAAAUGGAUGUUUUAGAAGCAUUCAUCAUUGUACAGGCCACAAAGCUGUUACAAGGACUGAUUCCAAGUAAAGACGACAGGGAUGCAGGAGCAUUGAACGCUAAGCAUGCAGAGCGUUUGUAUGUGUUUACAUGUAUGUGGUGUAUUGGAUCUUUCCUUGAAUGGGACGACAGAGUAAAGAUGGAGGAGUUUCUACGUAAUCAUGACGAUUUCACAUUAGACUUGCCAGUAAUUUCCCCUGAUUCUGAUGAUACCAUGUUUGACUUCAUGGUAGAUAGUGAUGGUACCUGGAGUCACUGGAACAAACAUGUAAAGGAGUAUAUCUACCCCUCAGACUCAACACCGGAAUACAGUUCUAUUCUGGUUCCCAUGGUGGACAAUGUCAGGACUGAAUACCUUGUGGAUCUGAUUGCUAAACAAGGAAAGGCUGUGUUACUGAUAGGUGAACAAGGAACAGCCAAGACUGUCAUGAUUAAUGGAUACAUGGCCAAAUACAAUCCAGAAUACCAUAUGGAGAAAUCUCUCAAUUUCUCUUCUGCUACUACCCCAUACAUGUUCCAGAGAACCAUUGAAAGUUACGUUGAGAAGAGAGUGGGUACAACCUUUGGACCUCCAGCUGGUAAGAAGAUGACGGUGUUUAUUGACGAUAUCAACAUGCCUGUAAUCAACGAAUGGGGAGAUCAAGUUGGUAAUGAGGUUGUACGACAGUUGAUGGAAAUGAAUGGUUUCUACAAUCUGGACAAACCUGGAGACUUUACAAACAUUGCUGAUGUACAGUUCCUAGCAGCCAUGAUUCAGCCAGGAGGUGGACGAAAUGACAUUCCUCAACGUCUAAAGAGACAAUUUGUGAUCUUUAACUGUACUCUGCCAUCUAAUACCUCCAUGGAUAAAAUCUUCACUGUCAUUGGCUGUGGACAUUUCUGUCACGAGAGAGGAUUCAAAGAAAUAGUUCGUGAUUUAGCUGGAAAACUGGUACCAAUCACUAGGAGACUUUGGCAGCUCACCAAGAUCAAAAUGUUGCCAACUCCAGCCAAAUUCCAUUACAUUUUCAACUUGCGUGAUUUGUCCCGUAUUUGGCAAGGAAUGAUAAAUACAAUUUCAGAUGUUGUGAAUGACGAGAAGAAUAUGAUGUGGUUAUGGAAACAUGAAUGUUGUCGUGUAAUUGCAGACAGGUUCACAUCCAAAGAUGACAUGUUGUGGUUUGAAAAGACCAUUUUGAGAGUCACCAGUGAAGAAUUCGGUGAAGAAUCUGAUUACUAUGAGAAUUGUAAACCGACUAUGUAUUUAGGAGAUUUCAUGAGGGAUGCACCAGAACCAACAGGUGAUGAACCAGAUGAUUGUGAUUUUGAAAUGCCAAAGAUCUAUGAACCAAUUGAGUCAUUUGAAGUUCUAGAAGAGCGUUUACAUAGUUUCCUACAGCAGUACAAUGAAGGCAUUAGAGGAUCUGGUAUGGACCUUGUCUUCUUUAAGGAUGCAAUGAUACAUUUGGUGAAGAUUUCUCGCAUCAUCAGAACACCUCGUGGUAAUGCCUUACUGGUCGGUGUUGGUGGAUCUGGUAAACAGUCCUUGACACGGUUGGCGUCAUUCAUUGCAGGAUACAAGACGUUCCAGGUCACACUUUCUAGAUCAUACAAUGUAUCCAACUUCCUUGACGACUUGAAGUUCCUGUACAGGACAUCAGGACAACAGGGAAAAGGUAUCACUUUCCUGUUUACUGAUCAGGAAAUUAAAGAUGAAGGUUUCCUGGAAUAUCUCAACAAUGUUCUGUCCUCUGGUGUGGUUGCUAACUUGUUUGCUCGAGACGAAAUGGAUGAAAUUCUUGGUGAACUGAUCCCUGUGAUGAAGAAAGAGUUUCCACGACGACCACCAUCCAAUGAAAACUUGUAUGAAUACUAUAUGUCAAGAGUCCGUAACAACCUCCAUGUUGUACUUUGUUUCUCACCUGUUGGAGAGAAAUUCCGAGCAAGAUCUUUGAAAUUCCCUGGACUGAUUUCCGGUUGUACUAUGGACUGGUUCCAGAGAUGGCCUAGAGAUGCUUUGAUUGCUGUAGCUGAUCAUUUCCUAUCUAAGUUUGAUAUAGAGUGUACAGCAGAAAUCAAGAAACAGGUUAUUCAUACCAUGGGUAUCAUACACGAUGGAGUAGCAGAAAGUUGUACCGAUUAUUUCCAAAGGUACCGACGUUCUACCCAUGUGACACCCAAAUCCUACUUGUCUUUUAUCAAUGGCUACAAAACUAUCUAUGCUGACAAGAAGAAAGAAAUUGGAGACCUAGCUCAAAGAAUGAACACUGGGUUGGAAAAACUGAUUGAAGCUUCUCAACAAGUGUCUGUUCUAGCAGAGGAACUUGCUGAAAAAGAAAAAGAACUGGCUGUUGCAUCAGAAAAGGCAGAUCAAGUACUAAAGGAAGUGACCACUAAAGCGCAGGCAGCUGAAAAGGUCAAAGAACAAGUUCAAAAGGUCAAAGAUAAGGCUCAGGCCAUUGUAGAUGUCAUCGAAAAGGACAAAGCUGUUGCCUAUGCAAAAUUAGAACUGGCUCGUCCUGCUUUAGAGGAAGCAGAGGCUGCACUGAACACCAUCAAGCCAGCUGAUAUUGCCACUGUCAGGAAACUUGGCAAACCUCCACAUUUAAUUAUGAGAAUUAUGGAUGCUGUGUUACUUUUAUUCCAGAAGAGGCUGAAUACCGUAGAGGCAGAUCCAGAGAGACCAUGUGUAAAACCAUCAUGGGGUGAAUCACUUAAGAUUUUGGCUGGUACAAAUUUCCUGUCAAUUUUGAUUGCAUUCCCUAAAGACUCCAUUAAUGACGAGACAGUAGAACUCUUAGAUCCAUACUUAUCCAUGGAGGACUACAACUUUGACAAUGCAAAGAAGGUCUGUGGUAAUGUUGCUGGUCUCUGCUCUUGGACCAAAGCUAUGGUGUCUUUCUUUUCCAUCAACAAAGAAGUCUUGCCAUUGAAGGCGAACUUAGCUGUACAAGAAGCCAGACUGAACAUUGCCAUGGGUGAUUUACAGAAGGCACAGUCUCAGUUAGAUGAGAAAGAGGCUGAAUUGGCUAAAGUCAGGGCUUUGUAUGACAAAGCUAUGGCUGAAAAACAGAGGUUGAUAGAUGAUGCUGAGACAUGUAGAAGAAAGAUGAACGCUGCUUCUACUCUUAUUAGUGGGCUGGGUGGCGAGAGAGAAAGAUGGACUGAACAAAGUAAAGAAUUCAGAGCUCAAAUUGGCAGAUUGGUUGGUGACGUUCUGAUCAGUACUGCUUUCCUCUCUUAUUCUGGACCUUUCAAUCAGGACUUCAGAAGUGUAUUGAAUAAAAACUGGUUCAAGGAACUGAAGACCAGGAAAAUACCACAUACACCUAAUCUUAAUGUGAUAGAUAUGUUGACAGAUCCUACAACGAUAGCAGAGUGGAAUUUGGAAGGAUUACCAAAUGACGAGUUGUCAACACAGAAUGGUAUCAUUGUCGUAAAAGCAUCAAGAUACCCAUUAUUGAUAGAUCCUCAGGGACAGGGUAAAAACUGGAUCAAAAACAGAGAAGCAAAGAAAGAAUUACAGAUUACCUCCCUUAAUCACAAAUACUUCAGGAAUCAUUUGGAAGAUAGUAUGUCUCUAGGUAGACCUCUGAUCAUUGAAGAUGUUGGAGAAGAAUUAGAUCCUGCUCUUGACAAUGUCUUAGAAAAGAACUUUAUUAAAGUUGGGUCAACAUUGAAGGUCAAGGUUGGGGACAAAGAAUGUGAUAUCAUGAAAGGUUUUACACUAUACGUCACAACAAAACUUGGAAAUCCAUCCUAUACACCAGAAAUCUCUGCUAGGACAUCCAUUAUUGAUUUCACUGUAACUAUGAAAGGAUUGGAAGAUCAGUUACUUGGACGUGUCAUCUUGGCCGAAAAAGCUGAACUGGAGUCUGAGAGAGUUAAGUUAUUGGAGGAUGUAACAGCUAACAAGAGAAAGAUGAAAGAGUUAGAAGACAAUCUAUUGUACAGAUUGACCAGUGUACAGGGUUCAUUGGUUGAUGAUGAAGAUUUGAUAAAUGUGUUGAGAGAUACAAAAAUAACAGCACAAGAUGUCAGCCAGAAACUUCAAACAGCUGCAGAAACUGAAGUGAAAAUUACUACGGCUAGAGAAGAAUUCAGACCAUGUGCAUCACGUGGUAGUAUCCUAUACUUCUUGAUUGUGGAGAUGAGUCUUGUAAACUGCAUGUACCAGACAGCUCUAAAACAGUUCUUACAUCUGUUUGACUUGUCCAUGUCAAGGUCCCAGAAAUCACCAAUCACACAGAAAAGAAUAACAAACAUCAUAGAGUUUAUGACAUUUGAAGUGUUCAAGUAUUCCGUUAGAGGGCUGUAUGAGUGUGACAAGAUGACCUUCACCUUGUUGUUGGCCUUGAAGAUUGACCUUGCUUUGGGAAAGAUUAAACAUGAUGAGUUUAUGACCUUGAUCAAGGGUGGUGCCUCCUUGGAUUUGAAUGUAGUACAGCCCAAACCACAUAAAUGGAUUGUGGAUCUGACCUGGUUAAACUUGGUAGAGCUGAGUAAUUUACAUCAGUUUUCUGGUAUUACUGAACAGGUAACCAGAAAUGAGAAACAAUGGAAACAGUGGUUUGACAAAGAGGCUCCAGAGGAUGAGAUCAUUCCAGAUGGCUACAACAACUCCCUUGAUGUUUUCAGACGUUUACUGUUAGUACGUAGUUGGUGUCCAGAUCGUGUCAUGGCCCAGGCCAGGAAGUAUAUUGCUGACACUCUUGGUGAUAAGUAUGCUGAGGGCGUGAUUUUAGAUUUGGAGAAGAUGUGGUAUGAGAGUUCACCUAGAACUGCUAUGGUCUGUUUGUUAUCCAUGGGAUCGGAUCCUACCAAUAAUAUUGAGGCAUUGGCAAAGAAACAUAAACUAGACUACCAUUACAUAUCUAUGGGUCAAGGUCAGGAGGUACAUGCACGUCGUCUGAUGCAACAGAUGAUAGCAAAUGGAGGCUGGUUAUUGUUGCAAAAUUGUCAUUUGUCAUUAGACUAUAUUUACGAAAUAUUUGACCAGAUUGUGGAAACAGAACACAUGCAUGAGGAUUUCCGACUUUGGGUGACAACAGAAGUCCAUCCUAAGUUCCCAAUCAAUUUCUUACAGAUAUCAAUCAAAUUCACCAAUGAACCUCCACAAGGUGUGAAAGCUGGAUUAAAACGAACAUAUGCAGCUGUUACUCAGGAUUUCCUUGAUAUUUCUAACAUGCCACAAUGGAAACCUAUGUUGUAUGGAGUCUCCUUUAUGCAUACUAUAGUCCAGGAACGUAGGAAGUUUGGACCUCUUGGUUGGAACAUCCCAUAUGAGUUUAAUGCAUCAGAUUUCAAUGCUAGUGUACAGUUUGUACAGAAUCAUUUGGAUGACAUGGAUAUCAAAAAGGGAGUAAACUGGAGUUGUGUACGAUACAUGUUUGGUGAAAUUCAAUAUGGUGGUCGUGUAACUGAUGACUUUGACAAACGACUUUUAAACACGUUCUGUAAAGUAUGGUUUGGAGAGAACAUGUUUACACCAAACUUUGUCUUCUACAAAGGAUAUAACAUACCUAAAUGUAAUAAGAUCGCUGAAUGGCAUGAAUACAUUAAUGCACUAGCUGCAUCAGAUACGCCAGAGGUCUUUGGUCUUCAUCCUAAUGCUGAUAUUACAUACCAGAGUAAGACAGCUAAAGGUAUAUUGGACACCAUCUUAGAGAUCCAACCAAAAGACAGUAGUUCUGGUGGUGGUGAGACACGUGAAGCUAUCGUUAACAGACUUUGUGACGACAUGUUAGAGAAACUUCCCAAUGAUUAUAUUCCACACGAAGUCAAGGCACGUCUUGUCAAGAUGGGAAUUUUACAGCCAAUGAACAUUUUCCUUCGUCAAGAAAUAGAUAGAAUGCAGAAAGUCAUUUCCCUUGUCCGUAACACACUUCACGAUUUGAAACUAGCCAUUGAUGGAACCAUUAUCAUGAGUGAGAAUCUGAGAGAUGCUUUAGAUUCUAUGUAUGAUGCUAGGAUACCUAAAGCCUGGGCAAAGAUAUCUUGGGAUUCUAGUACUCUAGGAUUCUGGUUUACAGAAUUGAUAGACCGUAACACACAGUUCCAUUCCUGGUGUUUUGAUGGUCGUCCCAACUGUUUCUGGAUGACUGGUUUCUUCAAUGCACAAGGAUUCCUCACAGCUAUGAGACAGGAAGUGACUCGUGCACAUAAAGGAUGGGCUUUGGAUACAGUCAUCAUUCACAAUGAUGUCACACGCAACAUGAAAGACGAUAUAACUACACCACCAAAUGAGGGUGUAUUUGUGUAUGGAUUGUACCUAGAGGGCGCAGGAUGGGAUAGACGAGGAUGCAAAUUAAUUGAACCCAAACCAAAGAUUCUGUUUGAGUCGAUGCCAGUCAUUCAUAUUUAUGCCAUUAACAGCACCGGUGGAGGAGACAGUAGAAUGUACCAAUGUCCAAUCUACAAGAAGCCGAGACGUACUGAUCUGACCUACAUUGCAACAGUAGUACUGAAGACCACACAAAACCCAGAUCACUGGGUUCUACGUGGGGUUGCUUUACUCUGUGACAUUAAGUAGACUAUGGGUAGAUGAAACUACAAAAUAGAACUUUUUUUUAUCAUAUUUAUAUUUCUAUAUUAAUUGUAGAUUGCUAUCAUAAUGUAUUUCAUAUUUGAUUUUAAAUUGAUUGAUUAUUUUGGUAAAGAUUUUUUUAAAUUGAUUGAUACUUCCAAUUUAAAGAAAAGUAUAUUGAUAUGUACUGUUGGUGUAAAAUUACACUGACUAACAUUGUUUAUGAUAAUACUGCUAUAUUAUGUCUUAAGUUCAAAAAUACAACAAUAUCUAUUCUGAUUUUCUUUAAAACAAUUAUUUAAGACUGAUAAGAUGAAAAGUACCCUUAUUAUAUUAUGGAUUACUUUAUAGUUGAAUUUUAGGGUUAAAGGUGACAAAAUGUCAAGUGGCUGAUAGAGUUAGAACACUUUUGAAAGGGAGGUAAUUACCAGGUGUGGAAAUACAUAUUAAAUCAAAUAUUUUUGCCUUGCUUAUAUUAGAAUUGACUGUGAUAGAUGCUAUUUUUAGAUAUCCGUCCUUUAUAUAUUUAAAAUUUCUAUUUAUAUACAUGUAUCUUUCUUGUGAGAGAUUUGGUCCAUCUGUUUUAAGUAUUUGUUCAAUAUUCUGAUUGCAUGAUUGAAGUACGUAUUUUUACAUUUAUGUCUACUCAGAAUUUAUUUCUCUAUUUUUUUUUGAGAAAUACUUUAUAUAUUACUGUUUCUGCUAAUGUGAUAAAUUUAUUACGAUACUCUUGAUAUUCCAUUUAAAUAUAUUGAUAAAAGAAAAUUUACUUUUUGAUUUUUUUUAAAGUAUUUUUUGAAACACCAUUGUCCAGUUGAAAGAUUAUUUAUACACAAAAAAUAUAUAAAGAUUUUCUUUUUGAAUAUUUUGUUCUCUUUGAAAUGAUACGGUUGUGAUAUGAAAACUUUAUUCAUCAUUUCUUCAUUUAUAAAUACCCAGGUGAUUUUUGCUUGUGGUAAACAUUUUUCUUCCUUUUACAUUAUGCUGUUAUUCUAUUUAUCUUUAGUUGUUCACAGUAACAAGUUGUUAGAGAAUAAAAUAUUAAAUUUA